AUGAGGCAAGUUGAAAUCUUCUCAAGGGGCAUCAUAGAAAUGUCUAACGCACGGGUAUGGCAACACCAGGUUGUCUGCGUGGCAGACGCUCGACUUCCUGACUGUCCGAUUGUCUUUGCCAACCAAAGAUUCUUUGAUUUGACUCAGUACACCCGCGAAGAAAUUCUUGGCCGUAACUGCAGAUUCCUGCAAGGGCCCGACACAGACAGAGAUGAUGUGACUGAGAUUCGCGAAGCGAUCAAAGCUGGUCGUCCUGUGUCUUCAUGCAUUCUAAAUUACAAGAAAGACGGAACCCUGUUUUGGAAUCACUUGCACAUUGAACCAGUAUGCUCUGCUUUCUCGCACCAGCUAGACUCUAAAAGUCCUUGA